AUUAUGUUUAGUUUAGGUUCUUUUAAAUUGUUCACAACUGACUCCAUAUCCAAAGAUUUGAGUCCAAGUGAAUAUGUUAAAACAGAGAAACGGUUAAAGGAGCUAUCGGGUUACCUUGGUCUUCACAGUAAACAAAGUUGGCCGUCACAAUUAACUUCAAUUGUUAAACCAUCAACUGGUCAACCAGCAUCAUUACCAACCCAAUCAUUAGCAACCUCAUCAACCAAUCUACCAGGAUCAAUUAAUUCCACAUCUAAUUGUUCAAACAAUCAACAUCAAUACCAUUCAACCUUUGCCAAUGGUUCCGUUGAAAGGAUCGUCUCAAUCCAUUGGAAUGAUGUUUAUAAAUCACUUGUAAUAAUCCUUUCCAAUGGCCUGAUUGCUUAUUGUUUCUUUCACCCUGUUUACCUUAAUUCAAUUAACUAUAUCUAUUUAGAUAAACAUCUAAUUGGCAAAAUUAAGACUGAAUAUAUGGUUGAUUUUAUCUAUGACAAUAGAAUGAUUCUCAUCUCAUAUACUAAUCCAAGGAUAACGUGUAUUUUAUUGGAUGAUAAACAUCGUAAUAAAGGUUGGAUUUCUCGUAAACGUAAAUUGUUCAAAUUGAAGUCACAAAAUGUAAAAAUAAUCGAACACGAAUUGGAUACUAAUUGUGGCCGUCGAGUGGAAAGACAUUUACUUAAAAGUGAAAUUAAAAACGAUAAUGAAGAUUUACUAUUAGUUUGGUGGCAAAAUGGUUCGAGUACAGUUUGUCCUUGGUCAUCACCGAUCACAUCGAAUAAAGAUUUUUGUAACAUUUUGAUUUAUAAUCUAAUUCGUGACUCUUUCGAUUUGGUUGGAUAUGCUUCCAUUCUUAACGAUAUUCUAAAGAUCUGUUUCUGUAAACGUCGAGUAAACAGACUGAUGACUAUCGAAAGUGACGGAGAUCCUUGUUCUAUUCUUUACCGAGAAUAUCAGAUUAAUCUGAUUGACGAUUGUUAUAUUUUAGAUUUAGUUGAAUCCAUUCAAUUAACUGUUCCCAGUCUUGUUAUCAAAGCCGAUGUAAACUUUGAUCUUAACAAAGUUUGCCUUCUAUGUGAAGAUCGUAGUGUCCUAAUUUAUAGUAUUGAUCAAAACUCGAUACGUUACUUUCAAGCGCCCAUAAACGCUAUUAAUCUGAUCAACAGUCCACUCGAUUCUUAUUUUAUAUUAGCCGAUUCAUUUGGACAAAUUAUGAUGUACGAUUAUGGAUUACAUGUUAUGCCGGCCAAUUAUGAUGAUCUCUUUCUCCGUGAAGCUUUUACCGGUUUAAAUGAGAUGAAAUUUGUAAACAAUUCGUUGGUUUAUUUAAGAUUUACCGAUGAUCCGAAUAUCAUGUUAAUCGUGUUACCACUUAAUUUAGAUUAUAUUGGACUGAUUCGCUCUUAUGUCAAACAUGAUUACAUCAAUGAAGCCAUUGAAAACGUUCAAUUACUCAAUUGGAAUUUAAAUUCUUACCUUGCCUAUUCCUCACUAAAUAUCAUCUUCAAUUGUCUCCUACGAAGUCCACUCAAUUCAAUCAAAGAAUCUCAACUUCAAGAAGCAUUGGCCUCGUUUUUUAUUCCCAAAAUUCCAAUAGCAGAAGAUAUAAUCGAAGAGUAUCAAUAUGAGAUGCAUUGUAUUGCCAAAAGAUUUUUCUAUCAUCUUUACCGUUAUUCGUGCCUUGAAAAAGCUUUUCUUCUCGCCUUGGAUUUGAAGAGUCGACAUUUAUUCCUCCUUCUUCAUAAGACUGCCAAAGAAAGAGGAAAUGAUAAACUAGCUUCAGUUUCCUUACAAAAUGCUCACAAAUUUCACUCAUCAUCUUUAUCUUCAUCUCUAUCACCUUCACCAUCUUCAUCAAGAUCACCUUCAUCUCCUCAUCAACUUGCCAUAAAUGAUAAACAACAAACACCCGAAACAUUACAAAGUGAUUCUAGUCAAUCAACACUCCGAUUGACUAAUCAAUUGAGACCCUUAAUCAGUUCAACCUCAUUUGUAGGACAAAAAAUUAACUCAAAUCAACAAGUUGACAAUAAUAAUCAUUCUGUCCUAGGAUUAAAUCAUUUGGUCAAUAACUCGACAGCUUAUCAACAUAAUGAUACCUCAUCACCAAAUCAAAUGACAGUUAAUCAUCUUAUUACAUUUAAACCAGUUCGUAAGGAAUCAUCAUCUGCUAAUUCCUCUGAUUCAAUUGCAGUUUAUUCAUCACCAAGGAAACGAAAUGAGAUUAUCACUCAUAAAUUGUCAAAAAGUGUUUACAACAAUUCAAAUGGAAAGACUGAUAAUAAUUUACCAACAAUUAACAUUGAAAGUUCCACAGAAUCAACUCAAUCUGGAUACUCGGUUAAUCAGUUUAAUUAUUUUGUUAACACUAAUCAAUUUUCUGAGGAAAAUCAACAGAAACAUAUUAAUAUUCCUUCAUCAAUAUUACCAGUUGAUUUACUAAAAGAAAAUCUUUCUAUGAGAUCGACAAAACCUCCACAACCUCCACCUUUACCUCCUAAGGUGAAAAACAAAUUAAACUCAUCAUCAAAUCAUCAAAAUCUAAUCAACAAUCAACCUGUUGUUCACAUUUCACCACAAUUACCAUUCACCAGCGGAAAUACAAACAAAGGCAUCAUAAGGCCAACCAAUACAAUAAUAAAUUCAACAACAACAAUCAGUCCAAAUCAUAACAAUCACAAUUAUAAUCCUCAAAAUCCUGAUCAAAGUGACAAAUCAAAUAUUCCCGUUCCAAUUAAUUAUCUAAUGAAAAGUCAUAUAAAUACAGAGAAUCCCAAAAUUGAAUGUAUACAUUAUGGUCUUGUAUAAAUAUUAAUAGAAGUAUUUUCAACCUUUCCAAUACAAUUACAACCAACUAAUUAACUUAA